CUGACUGAGUUACAGCCAGCAGGUUGGUGUUUCACCAUGAAGCUGACCGGGAUUUUUUUGUUGUUCAUGCUUUGGACCUGCGAGAGCGCGCGAGUCGCAGAGAGUCGAGAUGAUAACAGCGUGUAUGACUUGUUUGAGCUCAUCCGCGUCCCCAGUAAGAAUCAUGGGGUAACCCUGGUGAAGGGAGACGACCCGUACAGUCCCGCCUACAAAAUCUUCAACCCGGACCUGAUCCCCCCAGUCCCCGAGAGCGCCUUUAGGGACCUGAUCGAUUCCAUCAACGCAGAGCGGGGGUUUCUCCUUCUGCUCAACUUCAAGCAGUUCAAACGGACCCGGGGCAGCCUCCUGACCGUGGAGAAGCGGGACGGCACCGGGCCCGUGUUCGAGAUCGUCUCCAACGGCAAGGCGAACACGCUGGACAUAGUUUACUCCACAGAGAACAAGCAACAAGUGGUCUCCAUCGAGGACGUGGGUCUGGCUACUGGCCUCUGGAAGAACAUCACGCUGUUCGUCCAGGAGGACCGGGCACAGCUGUACACGGGAUGCGAGGAGGUGAACACCGCCGAGCUGGACGCGCCGAUCCAGAGCAUCCUGACGCACGAGACUCCGGCCGGCGCGCAGCUGAGGGUUGGCAAAGGAGCGGUGAAGGACAGGUUCAUGGGGGUGCUACAAAACGUACGGUUUGUGUUUGGAACCACUCUGGAUGCCAUCCUCCGCAACAAAGGAUGCCAAAGCUCGGUAACAAGUGAGACCAUGAUCCUGAAAAAUCUGAAUGGCUCCUCUGCCAUCAGAACAGAGUUUACCGGACACAAAACCAAAGACCUACAGAUGGUGUGCGGCUUUUCCUGCGAGGAUCUGAUCAGCAUGUUUAAAGAGCUGAAAGGCCUUGGUGUGGUAGUCAAAGAGCUGUCUAAUGAACUCCGCCAGCUGACGGAUGAGAACAAUCUGAUUAAGAAUCGCAUCGGCAUUCACAAUGGCGUGUGCAUUCACAACGGUAUUGUACGCAAGAACCGAGACGAAUGGACUGUGGACGACUGCACUGAGUGCACUUGUCAGGACUCUGCUACUGUGUGCCGCAAGAAAUCCUGCCCUCUGAUCCCCUGUGCCAACGCUACUGUUCCUGAUGGCGAGUGCUGCCCCCGCUGCGGAACACCGAGCGACUCUGCAGAGGACGGCUGGUCGCCCUGGUCUGAAUGGACCCAUUGUUCCGUGUCUUGUGGGCGGGGCAUCCAGCAGCGUGGGCGCUCUUGCGACCGCAUCAAUAACAACUGCGAGGGCACUUCUGUGCAGACCCGCGACUGCUACCUCCAGGAGUGUGACAAGCGCUUCAAGCAGGACGGGAGCUGGAGUCACUGGUCACCCUGGUCGUCGUGCUCAGUCACCUGUGGGGCGGGCGUCAUCACUCGCAUCCGCCUCUGCAACUCCCCCACCCCUCAGCUGGGAGGCAAAGACUGUGCUGGAGAGGGUCGGCAAACCGAGAACUGCCAGAAGUCUCCGUGUCCCAUCAACGGUAACUGGGGGCCCUGGUCGCUCUGGGAUACGUGCACGCUCACCUGCGGAGGUGGCGUCCAGACUCGUAAGCGCCUGUGCAACAACCCGCCUCCACGACACGGCGGCAAAGAGUGUGUUGGGGAUGGCGUAGACAGACAGAUGUGCAACAAGAAAGCCUGCCCAAUUGAUGGGUGUUUGUCCAACCCCUGCUUUUCUGGGGCCAAGUGCACCAGUUUCCCCGAUGGUUCCUGGAAGUGUGGAAAGUGUCCAACUGGCUACACUGGGAAUGGCAUCAAGUGCAAAGAUGUUGAUGAGUGCAAAGAGGUGCCAGGAGCCUGCUUCGAGUUUAACGGCGUCCACCGCUGUGAGAAUACAGAUCCAGGAUACAACUGUUUGCCCUGCCCUCCCCGGUACUCAGGACCUCAGCCGUUUGGGCGAGGAGUGGAGCAAGCUGCUGCAAACAAGCAGGUGUGCACGCCUCGUAAUCCUUGCCUCGAUGGAAGCCACGACUGCAACAAAAACGCCCGUUGCAACUACCUGGGGCAGUUUGCAGAUCCCAUGUACCGCUGUGAGUGCAAGCCUGGAUAUGCUGGCAACGGGCAUAUCUGCGGAGAAGACACGGAUCUGGAUGGAUGGCCCAAUGCUGAGCUGGUUUGUGUGGAGAAUGCUACCUACCAUUGCAAAAAGGACAACUGUCCAAACCUCCCCAACUCAGGGCAAGAAGAUUAUGACAAGGAUGGGAUCGGAGAUGCCUGCGAUAACGAUGAUGACGACGAUGGCAUUCCUGAUGACCGGGACAACUGUCCGUUCAUCUACAACCCCCGGCAGUACGACUAUGACCGCGAUGAUGUUGGGGACCGCUGCGACAACUGCCCAUACAACAGCAAUCCAGACCAGACGGACACCGACAACAACGGAGAGGGAGACGCCUGUGCCGUUGACAUUGAUGGAGAUGGAAUACUGAAUGAGAAGGACAAUUGCCCUUACAUAUACAACGUGGAUCAAAGAGACACGGAUCUGGAUGGAGUGGGAGACAUGUGUGAUAACUGCCCUCUGGAACAUAAUCCCGAUCAGUUGGAUUCGGAUGACGACCGUGUGGGAGAUAAGUGUGACAGCAACCAGGACAUUGAUGAGGACGGACACCAAAACAAUCUAGACAACUGCCCGUACAUCCCCAACGCCAACCAGGCUGACCAUGACAAAGAUGGCAAGGGAGACGCUUGUGAUCACGACGACGACAACGACGGCAUCCCUGACGACAAAGACAACUGCAGACUGGCCUUCAAUCCCGAUCAGCUGGACUCUGAUGGCGAUGGCCGUGGAGACGCUUGCAAAGAUGAUUUCGACCAGGAUAACGUGCCUGACAUCUAUGACGUGUGUCCGGAGAAUUUCGAUAUCAGCGAGACAGACUUCCGCAAGUUCCAGAUGGUUCCUCUGGAUCCAAAAGGCACCUCCCAGAUUGAUCCCAACUGGGUUGUCCGCCAUCAGGGCAAAGAGCUGGUUCAGACCGUCAACUGUGAUCCUGGUAUUGCAGUCGGAUACCACGAGUUCAAUUCAGUAGACUUCAGCGGGACGUUCUUCAUCAACACAGAGAGGGACGACGAUUACGCCGGCUUUGUAUUCGGCUACCAGUCCAGUUCCAGGUUCUACGUCGUGAUGUGGAAGCAGAUCACACAGACCUACUGGUCAAACAAACCCACCAAGGCCCAGGGUUACUCUGGCCUGUCCAUUAAAGUGGUCAACUCCACCACUGGCCCUGGGGAGCACCUCAGAAAUGCUCUCUGGCACACGGGCAACACCGCAGGACAGGUGCGUACUCUGUGGCACGAUCCUAAGAAUGUCGGAUGGAAAGACUUCACUGCCUACAGGUGGCAUCUGAUCCACAGGCCGAGGACAGGACUUAUUAGAGUUGUGAUGUACGAGGGUAAGAAAAUCAUGGCUGACUCUGGAAGCAUCUAUGACAAGACAUAUGCAGGCGGCAGGCUAGGCCUCUUUGUCUUUUCACAAGAAAUGGUAUACUUCUCAGACCUCAAAUACGAAUGCAGAGAUGCAUAA